AUGGCUUUCAAGAAAGCGAAGCAGCGAGUGUCAUACGUGCUUCCACUUGCGAACUCUCCUGGAGGACACCGGCUGGGCGUCAAUGGGUUAGCCGUGGAUAGCGAGAACUCUAUAUUAUAUUCCGGCGGCAGAGACGGCGCGAUAUGCGCCUGGGACCUCAACCUCGAUUUGAAAAGCUCAGCGACACCAGACGCCGAGAACCCCUUUGAAUCGCCGGAAGAUCCCCCUGAGGACGAGACGAAGAGAUCCCACGGUUCGUCCUUUCGAGCACAGACUCAGGCGCAUACACAUUGGGUCAAUGACAUUGUUUUGGCGCAGAACAAUGCUGCACUUGUAUCAGCCUCUUCUGAUUUGACCGUUCGAGUGUGGCGACCUCUUUCCAACGACUCUGAAGCGCCGCAGACGAUUGGGCAGCAUGCAGAUUAUGUCAAAUGCUUGGCCACCCCAAACUCACAGGCAGACUGGGUUGCUUCAGGGGGGUUGGACAGGAAGAUAUGUCUGUGGGACCUCAAUGGAGCCGGAAAGAAACUGGAGAUUGAAGUCGGAGACGAAGAGAAAAGCGAGAAGGGGUCGGUCUAUGCACUCAGUGCCAGCCGUAGCAUACUUGCAAGUGGUGGCCCCGAGUCAAUCGUCCGAUUGUGGGACCCAAGAUCUGGGAAGAGAGUGACGAAGUUCGUAGGGCAUACUGACAAUGUUCGGGACAUACUUAUAAAUGAGACUGGCGACACUAUCAUGACUGCGAGUUCGGAUCAAACGGUCAAGGUUUGGAGUGUCACAGCUGGCCGCUGUAUGCAUACCUUAACUAUGCACAAUGAUAGUGUAUGGUCACUUUACUCUGAAGAUCCGUCACUCGGAAUAUUCUAUAGUAGCGAUCGAGCUGGACUUGUCGUCAAGACGGACGUUAGAGGAACGCUUGGGGAGCUGGACGAUGGCCUUUCUCUUGCUGUUGCGCAAGAGAACGACGGCGUGGGCAAGGUGAUUGCCCAUGGGGAUUACAUAUGGACCGCAACGUCAAGCUCAUCUAUAAAUCGAUGGGCCAACGUAGACACCGGCUCAGAUAUUCAACUCCCGGAGGCAUAUAGACGGCAUCGAGCAUCAAGUGUGGCAUCACGGCCCAGGCAACUUUCAACUACAACUACGACCAACGGAGCGUCCAAGAAAGAAAUACCAGCGCAAUCUAUAUUGAGAAUUUCCAACACAGCAAGUUUUCCAUCCGCAAUGUCUCGGGAAACAGAUUCCGCAACAGCAAUAUCUGCAUUUGGCGCUGCAAGGAAGGGCUCCGAGGCCAUUGUUGACCCCGACAUCGGUGUUAUUGUUCCAAUCCAUGCGUUGCCGGAAGAGACCAUCGAGGGACAGCAUGGUCUAGUGAAGCACAAGCUACUGAAUGAUCGUAGAAGAGCCCUUACCCUCGACACGGCUGGGGAUGUAUUGCUAUGGGACUUGUUAGGGUGCAUUCCAAUCCAAUCAUUUGGAAAGCGACAUCUUGAGGAUGUAGAACCGGAGGUAAACACGAUGGAAGCAGUCGCACCGUGGUGCUCCAUAGACACACGCACUGGUCGACUAGCGGUGGUACUGGAAGAGUACAACUGUUUCGAUGCCGAGAUGUACGCGGACGAGCUCACACUCGAAGAGCCCGUCGACUUUCGUGAUGAUCAGCGAAUCAACCUUGGGAAAUGGGUGCUACGGCACAUAUUUUCAAAUCUCAUUGAUGAGCUGAUCAAGAGAGACGAAUUUUACAGGAAAAAACUCAACGACAACCUCAAAAAGCCGAUUCACAGACCUGGGGCACCUAGCUCAAUUCAAAUCCCGACGAACACUACCGGAUGGCAGGACACCACACCGAAUGCGACCCCAAGAGGCAAUGGCCAGUCUUACCCCAUGACUCCGGGAAUGGGUAUUGGAGUCGCUACGCCAGCCGUGUCUAGUCACUUACCCGGAGUUCCUGAAGAUGGAGCUCCUCUUGACAAAAGGGCCUCUCAGGCUAGCCGCUCUUCUGCAGACUACUUCUCAAGUACCCCUAUUGCAACAGAUCCCAAGACGGUAGCUACUCCUGGCGAGAAAAGCGAAGAUAACCAACCUAAAUCGCCUUCCGAUGCAGACAAAGAGACGAAUGGUAAAGACGUGAACACUUUGUUUGGAAAGAAAUUUCGAAUGGGCAUGUCCUUUGGAAGCAAGAAGUUGGGCCGUUCAGCAUCGACAAACACAGAGAAACCUGUCGUGGUUGACGAAAAAACCGAGGACGGCUCCGAAAGUUCGGAGAACGGCGAGAAAGAGAAAGAGGUCGAUGACAGCUUUUUUGGAGUUGUCCAGAAGAUCAGAAAUGAUUAUGAGAAGGCUCUUAUCGACAACCCCGAACAGCCCGUAGAGACCGGGAUUACACCUAGCCUUCCAAAUGAGACACCCGUAUUGAAACCUCCACCACUGACAACCGUUAUCAUUCAGGAGGAAACUUCCGGUGGAAGCGCAGACUUGUACCGUGGGACUGUUGCGACGGUCGGUGAAGAUGCAAGUAUCAUUGAGCAAAGGGCACCCAUGUGGUUAGGAGACCUUCUUCUUCGAAAUCGAAUACCAAUCAAGGAGCCGGUCAAGGUUUCUUUCAUCUUACAGCCUUGGCAGGACCAGCUACCUAGCAUUGCUGGCCCUGACGGCAAUUCCCGCCUCAAUGCCAACCGAAUGCUUCGCGUGAAGAAGAUCCUAGCCUAUGUUGCUGAGCGUAUUGAACCGGCUCCAGAGGUACCAGAUCCGAACGCAUUAAGUCCAGAGGAAUAUCUAGAACUCUACUGUUAUGACCAAAAACUUCCAAUAACAAUGAGUCUUGCGACCCUUCGGGCUCAUGUCUGGAAAGGGGGAGCAGACGUGAUGUUGUACUAUAAAAGCAAUGGCCGGAAAACUAUAUUGACUAAAGGCAAUGAAACCGUGGCAGCGGAUGCCACUGCUCAGACCGCCGAGGGUACAUCAUAA